CGCGCGGAGAGAGGGAAGGAGACGCCGGGCUGGUGGCGAUGGAGAAGGGGAAACCGAAGAAGAAAGAGAAGGGAAGGGACUCGGAUAAAGAGAAGAGCUCGGAUAGAGGGUCCAAGAGCAAGGAGCCCGAGAAGGAGAGAAACGGCACCAAGGGAAAGGAGUUAGAAAGGGACAGAAGCGGGUCCAAGGGGAAAGAAGUGGGCGAGAAAGAGCGAAACGGGAAGGGGAAGGAGCCGCUGGAGAAGGAGAGAACCUCAUCCAAGGAAAAGGAGCCGGAGAAGAAGAAUGGGAGGGGGAGGGACUCGGAGAAGGAGAGACAGGAGAGACGGGUGAAGGAGGGGGAGAAGGAGAAGUCGGGCCGGCCCAAGGAGCUGGACAAGGACAGGAACGGGGCCAAGAGCAAGGAGUCGGAGGAGAAGAGGAAGGACUCGGAGAAGGAGAAAGCUAAGGAGAAGGAAAAAGGGAAAGAGCGGGCGAAGGAGGACAAACACCGGGAGGAGAAGAAGAACCUAGACAAAGAGCAGAGUAAGGGGCCGGAGGAGAAAGAAAAGGAGAACAAAACCGCUUUGACAAAGCCCAUGCUGGAUCUGCCGGACAAAAAUAAGCAGAUUCUAGUGUUAGGACUGGACGGAGCGGGAAAGACCAGUCUCCUGCACUCUUUCGCUUUGAACAGAGUCCAGCACAGCUGCGCCCCCACCGAAGGGUUCAAUGCCGUGUGCAUCAACACUGACGACAGUCAGAUGGAGUUCCUGGAGAUCGGUGGCAGUGAAGCGUUCCGUCCCUAUUGGCAAAUGUACCUGCCCAAGGGUUUGCUGCUGGUGUUUGUGGUGGAUUCAGCCGACCACCACAGACUGCCUGAAGCCAAGAAACAUCUUCAUCAACUAAUUGGAACCAAUCCACUCCUUCCGCUGGUUGUGUUUGCAAAUAAACAGGAUCUUGACACAGCCUACCACAUUACAGAUAUUCAUGAUGCCUUGGCAUUAUCUGAGGUGGGAAAUGAAAGGAAGAUGUUCUUGUUUGGAACCCAGGUGACAGAGAAUGGCUCCGAGAUCCCCGAGGCCAUGCAGGACGCCCGAGACCUGAUCGCACAGCUGGCUGCAGACAUGCAGUGAGAGCCCAGGAUCCGCUCGGACCCGGAUUGCACCUGGGAGAGUUGGAUGGCAGACUCGAAACCAAAGGUUUCCACUUGCAAAUAAAAGAUGAGCAGUUUCUUAUUUUUCUCAGUAGACCACACUUUACAAACAAAAAUAAUGUUAAUUAAGAAUGUCUCUUUGGGGCUGGAGCGAUAGCACAGUGGGUAGGGCGUUUGCCGUGCACGUGGCCGACCCAGGUUCGAUCCCCAGCAUCCCAUAUGGUCUCCUGAGCACUGCCAGAGGUAAUUCCUGAGGGCAGAGCCAGGAGUAACCCCUGUGCAUUGCCGGGUGAGACCCAAAAAGAAAAAAAAUUUUUUUUUAAAUAAAGAGUGUCUCUUUGGGGUUUAAAGCUCUAAAAAUAAACCAAUGUGUUAGGAGAAUUUGGAUUUUUAGUUGACAAAAUCAAAGGGAGCACGAGUAAGCAUUGAUAUUUUAAAGAACUUCUUCCCAAUUAAAAAUCCAGCUGUAGUUUUUUCAUUUUGAAUAAACUUUUGUUUUUUCUAGUAAAAAUCCAGGUGUCUUUUCUUUGGUGGAUGCAUUUAACACAGUUAGGAAAAAUACAGAGUUAGGAGAGUGGGGAAAAUAAGUGUCCUCAAAUCAACAUAGAAAUAUAAAUUAAUAGCACUCAGCAAGAGUGAAGACAGGAUUUGGGGAACACAGGGAAUUUGAUUUUUAAAUUCCUUUCUUUUUAAAACUUUUUAUUAAAUCACCAUGUGGAAAGUUACAAAGUUCUCAGGUUUAUGUCUCAGUUAUACAAUAUUCAAACACCCAUCCCUUCACCAGUGCCCAUAUUCCACCACCAAAAACCCCAGUAUACCCCCCGCCCCCACCCCGUACCCCCUACAGUAUAACUAAUGAAUUUCACUUCAUUUUCUCUUUACCUUAAUUACAUUCCAUAUUUCAACACACAACUCACUAUUGUUGUUGGAGUUUCUACCCAAGAGAGACAGACCUACUACCAAGAAAGCAUUUGAUAAUUAGUUUUCCAUUGCUGGGAAUGAAGAAAUAUUGAGCCCCACUGCUACAAGUACAUAACUCUUCUUUUUUUUUUUCCUUUUUCCUUUUCCCUUUUUUUUUUUUCACCCUCAUCCCCCAUCCCGCGCCUCAUAGUAUGGUGUACGCCACGCCACAACGGCCGGCGUGGGGCUUUUGCUUAGUUCACAGUCCAGAGAGGUGGCUGCUACAUUAAUAACCUUCAAUAUUUCAACAAAAACUUACUGUUAUUAUUUGGAGUUUCCCCCCCAAGUCAGACCUGUUCAAAAGGAACCUUUUCACAUAGCUGACAAUUAUAGAUGUUAAAUCACGCGGACUCGGCAGUGUCCCCGCGGUUUUGGAUUUCUGUAUAAAGUCCAGGGAAAAUUCUACCAGAAAUUGCAUAGACCAGUUUGCAGUCCCAGUACAUUAUUAGAAGCUGCGCUGGAUGCCCGAAAGUGUUAGGUCUCUGGAAUCAAAGUCUUUAGGCGCAGAGGAUCCGCUUCCCGCUCAGCAGCUCCGAAUUUAUCUGGGCCGAGUGCGUGCCGGUUACACCCCCUUCCCAUGAGUCCCAGGGAGCCCCAAAUGUAGAAAUCGAGUACCUCUGGGUUAGGAUUCUUAAGAUGGCGCCUGUCAUGCGGUUGCCGCCGCCGCCGUUUUCCGUGCAGGAAGACAGGGUGGGGAGGAAAAAAAAAUCCAUCCCCGGGCAGCACAGAGUUGAAGCCCAGUUGGCAGUCCCAGUGCAUUGUUAUUAGAAGCUGAAUUAUUGCGAUUGUCCUCUUGAUUUUACUCAGUCAGAAACACUCUUAGUCGUCAGUCACAGGAAUCAGAUCACAGUAUUCUGUUGAAAAAUCCCUUGGCUUAUGUAAUUUUCUGUAAAUUUAUUCUUUAAAGUAUGCUUUGUUUUCAUCCUAAGAUCCAAUAAUGUGGCUGAGCAGAGGUGUUCUUGCCUUGUGUAUGUGAGGCUUGGAGUUCAAUUCCUGCUCAAAGGACCCAUAAAAUGUCGGACACCACGCCUUCUCCCCCGGGAGGGAGGAGAGACCAAGGGAGAAGGAUAUUUCCUCCGUUAGCCGGCGUGGGGCAAAAGCUUAGUUCACAGUCCGCAUACAUGGUUGCAAGCACUCGCCGGAACCC